AUGCCCUGGCAGCCUCUCCCCCGCAUCGCAUUUGCUGUCGCGACGUUUCCCUUUGCUGCCGAGAGCCCGGCCGACCUGCCCCUUGAAAUUGGCGAUGAGCUCUACAUUAUCGAGGAGACACCAGACGGCAACUGGCUGCGGGGGUACUUGGUCGCGCCGCCCAGCUUGCUUGCCGGCCUGACUUCAGUCAAGGGACAGACUCUGGAAGCCAGGGUCUUUAGUGGCAUCUUCCCCCGCAGCUGUGUUGAAGUUCGAGAGAUGCUCGGCGAAGCUGACGACCGAGACGGCCAAGACCAAGACCAAGACCGGUACGAGGAACUACCAGACGAAAACGCAGAUGCAGCGUCUCCGCGACCUGCUAGUGAUUCCGCCAAGAGUGGCAUUACUGGCGGCGAGCUCAGAAAAUCCAUCACUCCAGUCAAUUCUGCUGGCUCGGCCAAGGAAAGGAAGCCAUUGUCGGAGCUACGCAAUGGCGCCUUGAGCAGUCUAUCAAUACCUGUGAAGCGAGACCCAGCCGUGCCGAAACCCGCCGCCCCGGUCCCCUUGCUUAAAAUCGGUGACGAGACCCCUACAUCUGCCGAGGAGCCUUUGAUUGACGAGAUCGCAUCUUGUCUGAGAGAAUGGCAUUCCAAGAACCUGCACCAGCUUCUACUCUCUCGCCAAUAUCAGGACCUGGACACGCUCUCCAAGCUUGUCACUAGCCUCAACCUCAGCAGACAGCAGUUCCUGUACGGCGUUCUCACAUCUCACGAGUACGGCCGUCUACGAGAAAAGACAGUGUGGGACUUGGUCAGAGUAAACAAGCUCUGUGGAGGCGAGGUCAUUGUUCGCGACCCAGUUGAGCGUGGCCGUAUUCUGACUGGAGACGAUUCCGUUGUUGAAAUGACCCGGCUCCAGUCUGUCAUGACUCUUCUGGAUGAGCCGCCGCAGCCAACCGUCGAAAUGACCAGCGUACAUCACCUGCUCCUCGACGUCAAGGGCUUCGCGGGGUCAUCUUCCGAAGCCACAACCUUGGUCGCUUACCUUGUUGCGAAGCCACAGUUGGAAAGAUUGUCCAUCCUUUCGGAAUCAUUCACCGUUGACGUACCGGCCGGCGGCACGAUCGGAGCUAUCGCCCAAGAUUCUUCGUCGCGUACUCUCUUCAUCGAUCUCUCGGCCCAAGACAUAGGCGACUCGACGUCGACUGAGUCUGAUUUGUACUUGGUAGUCAAAGUCCUCGCCUCGCAGCAGGUUCUGCCAAACAAGCCAAUCUCACGGUCCGGAACGGCCACAGAAGUGUCCUUCCCAAGAGAUGGCUCCAAAUCCUCAGCUUCCAGUGUGUCCAGAUCCACCAGGCGAAGUUUGAUGUGGGGGAGCAAGCCUGGGCGUCCUACUUUCUCGAGGGGCUCAGUCCUCCCCAAAACGGACGCGUCUGAGCAGCAGGGCCAACGACCCGUCACGACGUCGGAUGGCCAUGGGCCUCCUGGUACGACGAGCUCAUCAAAGAAUGGCGUAAGCAUUCCUGCAGCCGCCCAAACGGUACAACGCACUGUUGGAGUUGGCGUCUUGAAGGUGAAUUCAAUAAUGAAGCAAGACGAGGAGGUUGAACAAGUCGUUAAUAUCUGGUCACCGGCACAUGGGCGCGCAUCUGCAGAAAAGGAUAUGGAUGAAGACUUCGAUCCACUCAUUCUGGAGGUCAUGGACAGUGCUGCAGGAAGAUACGAGAGGUCGCGCCGGGGCGAAAGGCUGCAAGUCUCACUGCGCGCAUUUGAUCAUCCCGACGCAGAUGUCCUGAUUAAAGCCACGCCGACACUGCUAUCUGGUAUUUGCAAAACGAAUAGGAUGGGGUUUUCCGGGGCCCCAACAAAGCCAAGAUCUGAUAUCUAUCUCUCAAUAAGCACAGCUUCUUUGGCACGCCAGCAUCUUCUAUCUCGAUAUGGAGGAAGCGCAACCGCCAUGCCCUCAGGCAUUCAAGGCAAUAACUAUCAGGUUACCAUAGAGGUUCGCGCACCUUCCGGCCAGCGUUUUGAAAACGCCAUCUAUGCUGGCUCCAACAAGGAUCCGGUGACAACGUUCAAGACUGUGGCUGCAGAACGAGGAGAAGCUUGGAAUCAAACACUCAGACUUUCAUUGUCGCCCGCUGACGUAUUCACAGCGCACGUUGUCAUGUUCUUGUGCGACGUGCCCGGCCCCCCUUUUGCCAUCGCCUAUAUGCCUUUGUGGGAUAGACAGGCUUUCAUCCGGGACGGCCGCCAUGGAUUGCUUCUCUAUAAGAUAGACGAAAACACUUCAACACCUCAGGCAGGCCCAACCGGUAAGGGGGGGUAUUUGUCCGUACCUUGGGCUCCUCGAGGGAGGGACGAGCACUCGGAAAAUGUAACUGGUCCGUUGGCCGUGUUGAAUGUGAAUACAUUCCUGUGCAGCACACGGUUCUCCCAGGACAGAAUCAUUCUCGGCCUACUUAAAUGGAAAGACUUGCCGGAAGAAGAAGUUUCCGCAGUCUUGAGACAAUUGAUGUUUGUGCCUGAAAUUGAGGUUGUCAAACUUCUCAGCGACGUGCUCGACGGACUGUUCGGCAUUCUGGUCCAACACUCUGGGAACAACGAGUUUGAAGACUUGGUCUUCACCGCAUUGGUCAGGGUCUUGGGCAUUGUGCAUGAUCGUCGGUUCAAUCUAGGCCCUUUGGUUGACCAAUACGCAGAAGCCCAGUUCAACUACCCCUUUGCUACUUCGGGCCUCGUCAGAUCAUUUGCCCGCCUGCUCGAUAAGCCCGCGGAGCCAGAAACCUCUCGAAAUCUCCGUUCUACAUUCAAGGUGGUUAGGCACAUUUUGAAGUUCAUUACUCAUGCUCGAAAACAGCAAAAGGUCAAGGAAGCGGGCAUCGGAAUCACAUCCUCAACACAAGGAUUCACCCGCCAACUUCGCUCCAUUUUCAAGGCUCUCGACCGCAUGAUGCGAAACCCUGCCCCCGUUCUAGUUGGCAGUCAGACGUUGGCAGUGCAACACUUUCAUACGUGGUUGCCGGAGCUCACGGGGUUGCUUGAUACCGAGGAGGUCACUCACAUUGCCAUUGACUUUAUGGAUUCUUGUGCUCAAGUCAAGGGCAAAUUGAUUUUGUACAAAUUGGUCCUCAUCAUCAACUACUCCAAGCUGGAGCUCUUUGCCAGCCCUGAUCAAAAGUCUGCACUGUGUGCAAACACGGUCCGCUGGAUAUCGCCGUAUUGGGGCCAUGUCGAACAAGUCUCGGAACAGUGGCGGGAGCAGGUGCGUCUCUGCUGCUCCGUGAUUGCUAGUCAGGCUGACUGCCUGGCCCCGGAAAUACCUGAUCAUAUACCGAGGAUCAUCGAUUCGUACCUGUCGCUGUUGUCGCUGCCCCCGAAACCCCGAAGGCGACUCUCUCUUCUCUUCCCGUCGGCCUACCCUUUCCCCUCGAGGCCUGUCUGUGCCAACAUCACAUUCGACGAGAGUCUGGCAGAAGUCUCUGCCAUUCUUUCAGCUGUAUCCAGCUCCCCGGCCGGGAUGCAGCUCGAGUUGGCGGCGGACGCUGAUCUCGCCACGGUCCUGGAAAACUUGCUGCGCGUUCACAUGAGCAUACUCUCGGGCGAAGCUUUCCCUGCCGGCUGGCUCAGUCUGCACAUCUUCCAUCACAAGUCAACCAUGCGCACUCUACAAUACGUGGCUGCUCUCAUGCUGGAAUCGUUCUUGCCAGACCCCGACGAGGCCGAGUCUUUCAAUAUGGAGCUGUGGAAGCUCUUCUUUACAACCCUCCUCAAGUUGGUGGGUAGCACGUCUCUGGCAUUGGAAACUUUCCCGGAGCAGAAGAGGAGGGCUGUUUGGAAAAUUGCCGGUGACGUGAGAGAGCAUGGCGCUGAGCUUCUGCGGACAACAUGGGAAGCCAUUGGCUGGGAAACGACCAUUGAGGAGCGAAACCGCUACGGCCUCGCCAAGAUUGGAGGUUACCAAGUACAAUACGUUCCCACGCUGGUCGGACCGAUUGUCGGAUUGUGCCUGAGCGUCCACGAGGGCUUGCGACGGAUGGCGGUCGAAGUUUUGCAGACAAUGAUUGUCAGCGAAUGGACGCUGAGUGAAGACUUGACCGUCAUCCAGACGGAAAUGAUUGACAGCCUGGAUCAGUUCUUCAAGUCCAAACCCCUCACAGAGAGCUUACUGCAGAAGCUCUUCAUUGCCGAGCUGCUGGAAAGGUUUAGCCCGCUUUCCGAAAUUCCGGAUGAGCCAUUGUACGUUGCAGUUCGAGAACUCGUCUGCACGUUGGACGAGUUCCUCGAUUUGCUGGUCGCCGUUCAUGGGUGCGACGACAACGGGGAGGCAACAAACAUCAUCAAUCGUUUGAGACUGAUGGAGUUUCUUCGAGAUAUGCAAAAGGAGGAAAUUUUUGUUCGCUACGUGCACCAGCUUGCGGCCCUGCAGGCGGAGAGUCGGAACCACGCCGAAGCCGGUCUUGCGUUGCGCCUUCAUGCGGAUCUUUACGAAUGGGAUCCGACUAGGCAAGUGAAAGCUCUGGCAGAUCCACGUUUCCCGGCACAGACACAGUUUGAGCGCAAGGAGAAGAUCUAUUUCGACAUGAUUAAGCAUUUCGAGGAGGGCGAGUCGUGGAGCAACGCUCUGACUGCCUACAAGGAGCUGCAAGCACAAUACGAGAGCAACGUCUUCGAUUUCGCCAAGCUAGCCAGGACAGAGCGCGCAAUAGCCACCAUCUACGAGACCAUCUCCAAGAGCGAAAAGCUGAUUCCAAGAUAUUUCAAAGUUGUGUACAAAGGGUUGGGUUUCCCGUCCGGGAUUCGGGAUAAGGAAUUCAUUUACGAAGGUGCCCCAACGGAGCGCGCGGCAGCCUUUACCGAUCGAAUGCAAGAGCAAUAUCCCUCCGCUCAAAUUGUGACCUCGGGGCACAUUGAGGAAGUCGAAGGACAAUUCUUGAUCGUAUCUACAGUCAGCCCGCAUCGGGACCUGUCUCACCAAGUGUUUCAAAGAGCGCGUGUGCCGCAAGUCAUUCGCGACUUCCUGGUGUCUUCUCACCCCCAGAGUUUCUCCCUUACGACCAAACGUAGCACGUCUGGUGUCGUCGAGAACCACUAUGCAGAGAAGACCGUCUUUGUCACCGCCGAGCCUUUCCCGACCAUUCUGCGACGGAGCGAGAUCAUUGAGACUCACGAGGUUAGGCUCGAUGCACAUGAAACAGCCUUGGAGCGCAUUGUGCGAAAAACCCAGGAGAUGACGGGGCUUGAGCGCCGACUACUAGAUGGAGAGGAGGAAGUCGGACAGCUUCUGCUUGAUGCCAUUUCCGUCUCUGUGAACCCGUCAUCUGGACAAAGCGUCAUGUGUUAUCGUGGGCUCUUGCCCGAGCCAGAGGCGGAUGAGGGCGGGGGCGAGGACGAGGACGAGGACGGGGAUGCGGAGCCACAUGCGGAGCCACGGAAUACAGCAAUCAAGAUGGCGCUUGUGGACCAUGCCAUGAUGAUCAAGAGAGUCUUGGGCCUGUUUGCAAGAAGCAACAAUCCAGUGCUUGUGCAGAAACAGGGAGAGCUUCAACGAUUUUUCGAAGCAGCGUAUGAGCCAGAGAUUGCAUUGUUUGCGCCUCCUCCUCCAAUGCCCUGCGAAACAGUUUCGACUCCGUCGACGACAUUCCGCGGCACCUUCUCACCUGGAGAUGAGAGCCCCUCACAAUGGGCAAAUAUUGCCACAUCCUUGAACGGCACCAAAGCCGAGGAAGCGCCCGUUGUGCGCCAGCUAUCACUACGACAGCGCAGUGCCAGACUCAGCUUCUUGCCUGGGCGGAGGCAGCAUCACCAACCACAACCACAUCAAGAGAAUGAUGAAGCUUCUGAAGCGGCAAUCGCUCCCGGAAGCGCCGAGUCGCAGAUGUCGCCAAGUAGAGACCGCAGCUUUAGCAAGGGCAGUCGACGACAAAGCACUUUCAAGCCCCAGUCUGGGAAUGAGGGCUCGCAGGAUGAUACGAGCGGAGGUGGAAGACGGGGCAGCUCAGCUAGCAAGGGCAGCCAGGACAGAAAGAGUGGCAUCGACGAACAUGUCACGGAAGCGGAAUUCUCCGCAGUCAAGAAAUCAGGAAGCGUGAGGAGGAGAUUUAGCCUCUUCAAGAAGGGAAUCAAGGGCAACAAGAUGGGAGAGGUAAUGGGGAGCGUUGACGAAGAGUAA